UCGCCACAGUGGCGGCCACAGCAUCUCGCCCGACCUCCGCGGCGCUCGAGCCUAUGACCGGCCAGGGCCAGCCGGCGUCUGGGUCGUCGGCGUGGGGCGCGGUGUUUCGCCACGUCCGAUAUGAGAACCUGGUGGCGGGCGUGAGCGGCGGGGUCCUGUCCAACCUCGCGCUGCACCCGCUCGACCUCGUGAAGAUUCGCUUUGCUGUGAGUGAUGGAUUGGAACUGAGACCGAAAUAUAAAGGAAUUGUGCAUUGCUUGAUUACCAUUUGGAAAAUCGAUGGACUCCGGGGACUUUACCAAGGAGUGACCCCAAAUGUGUGGGGUGCAGGUUUAUCCUGGGGACUCUACUUUUUCUUCUAUAAUGCCAUCAAGUCAUACAAGACAGAAGGAAGAGCUGAACAGUUAGAGGCAACAGAAUACCUCCUGUCAGCUGCUGAAGCUGGAGCCAUGACUCUCUGCAUUACAAAUCCAUUAUGGGUAACAAAAACUCGCCUUAUGUUACAGUACAAUGGUGUUGUUAACCCCCCACAGCGACAAUAUAAAGGAAUGUUUGAUACACUUGUGAAAAUAUAUAAAUAUGAAGGUGUGCGUGGAUUGUAUAAGGGAUUUGUUCCUGGGCUAUUUGGAACAUCACAUGGUGCUCUUCAGUUUAUGGCAUAUGAAUUGUUGAAAGUGAAAUACAACCAGCAUGUCAACAGAGUACCAGAAGCUCAGUUGAGCACAGUAGAAUAUAUAUCUGUUGCAGCGCUAUCCAAAAUAUUCGCUGUAGCGGCAACAUACCCAUAUCAAGUGGUGAGAGCUCGUCUCCAGGAUCAGCACAUGGUUUACAAUGGGGUGUUGGAUGUCAUCACAAAGACGUGGAGGAAAGAAGGCAUCGGUGGAUUUUACAAAGGAAUUGCCCCUAAUUUGAUUAGAGUGACUCCAGCCUGCUGUAUCACUUUCGUGGUAUAUGAAAACGUCUCACACUUUUUGCUCAACCUAAAAGAAAAUAGAAAGUAAACUAAAAGGUCAUUCCAAUAUAUAUAUGCCCAAGGCAGCCACAUGGCUCCCUUGUGCUUAAGAUGUAAAACUCAGAAGAAUACUAUGCAGCACCAUGGCUUAUAACCAAGAUUGGUCUGUAAUCAUAAUACAUGUCAAAAAACUGCUACAUCUUUGCAUUGUGUUUCUGCUUUUUGCCUUCCCCAUCUGUAUGGGACUUGGAUACCUCUGCCAGAAAUGGCAACCAUCAAAAUAGCAGUGAAGCUGACAUGAAGCAGAGCGUUCCAUGGAUUUCUUUAUUUCAUUAUUCAGGUAGAAGCUGAUUUGCAGCAUUUGCUACAUGUAUGUGCUUCAAUUUCUGAACUCAUUUGCCUGGAUUGGCGUUAAAAAAUCCACCUUUGUGCAAAACCAGGAAAAUGUUCUUUCAUAAGAAUGUCAUUGCUGUUUCAAGGAUUUAGUGGAAUAGAUGUUGUUCAAAACCAGACCAUUUUAGAAUUGGGAAAUCUGAGUUGGAAAAAAAUCCACUGUAAAUGUGCUUUAGUUUUAAUUCGAUUGAAAUGCGCUCAUUAGAGAAAUUUGAAAAGUUAUGCACUUUCCAUAAUUUGAGAAAUAUCUAGCAUCUGUUGUCACUCCAUCACUUAUUUUCUUCUAGAGGCUUUUCUGUAAUUUAAAAUGUAAUCCUGUCAUAAUCCAAUUAUUUUUUGGAACAGAUACUUGGUGUUUUUUAAACUUACAAAUUUGAAGUUCUAGUAUCCAGCUGUGUCAGCCUCUUUAACAUAUUUGGCUUAAAGUCACUUAAUGGAUUUGCUAAUAGAUCAUAUUAUAUGCAGAUACUGGAAUGAUCAGUAUGUGUUUGUUGACAAACUGUGGAAAUAAGAAACUUUUACUUCUUCAGUUUUUUGGAUAUAUGGGUCUAGAUCCUAAAUAAAUGAUUCUUCUGACUAAACUGAGUGCUGAAAUGCAGGUUUAAAUACAAAUUACAUUUAUGGCCAUUAUUAAUUUUUGAGUUGCAGGUAACUAUACAUUUAUAAGCCUGCCCCCAAAGGAUUCCAAGAUAGUAUAUUUUUAUCUGUCAUAAACAUGGUAUGAAUGAAAUUGCAGUACCAUCUGUUUGUUGUAAAUAAAACAUUGGUUUUCAAAGCCAUAUUGAAAUGGUUCUUUGAAAAUAGGUCUAUUUUUUAUAUAUUAAAAAUGGUAUUGUUUUAAAAAUAAAGAGAAAAUGUUGAGAACCUAAUUGUAUUUACUGUAAUCUCUGUAAUAUGCACAGGAAUGCUUUAUAAAUUAAAUGUAAUAUAUUUUUAUAUGUCUGGAUUAAACUAUAUAUGAAAUCCUAAAAUUAGUCCCUAUAUGAAAAGACUUGUUGCAGUUGGGGUUUGGAGCUUUAGUGAUAGCACCAUGAUUUGAGUGCCUCCUGUAUACCUCCCAAAUUAAUAAAAUAUAAUUCCUCUCCUGUUCGAGCAUACAAGCUUGCAGAAUAAAUACAUAAGC